GGAGCGGUGGUGGGAGCGCCUCGUCUGGCCGGGGAGGCCUGAGGUAACCCGCCAACUGUCUCGCCAAGUCGGGCUCCACAAGUUACCAUAAACUGUAGCCUCUUUUGCUGCCUCUCACGCUGUGAAAAUGAGACAGGGAUUGAGAGAAGAGACUGUAGAGGCGGCGUGACGCAAGGUGGACUGAGAUACAAUGAGCCCUUCACAGCUGGUAGUGGUGCUGCUGCGCCUCCUGGCGGGGGUGGUGGUGCCGGCCGUGCUAACAGGAAGCAUGGUAGGAUAUGGGGGCAGUGGUGGCAACCAGUGGAGAAGGGUGGCAGUGAUGGUGGUUGCAGUGACGACACUGGUGGAGGGUGUUGAAGCUGGGUCCAAGGAGCCCCUCACUUGCUGGACAUGCUCCUCCAACAGCCACGGCUCUGACUGCUAUGUUCUCAACCAGGAGAACAUUACUCUUACCACCUCCGUCUCCAGAAACUGCACUCCCGAGGAAACUUUCUGCACUGUGAAGAGGGUGUGGUAUGUGGUGGAGGCAGGAGCAGAAGAGAUGGACUUCGGUGUGAACCGCACAUGUGCCGCCGUCUGCAACCCCUCCUGCAUGGUGAUCGGCGAUAGAACAAAGAUCUACUCAUGCACGUCCUGUUGUUCCGAAUCCUACUGCAACACGGGCAGUUCUGCUUCUCCUAGGCAUUCAAGCAGCACCCAACUUCUAUUGGCUGCCCUCCUCGCAGCACUCAUGCCCACACUUACUUCUGCUCUCGUACCCAUUUUGACCAUGGCUCUAAGGCCCACGUCGACACAUGCAGCAAUGCAGGUCACUGACUUCAGUUACCACUUGGGCACUUGUACACAUUGUGACACAAGGACAUUCUGCUCGUUCCUCCUCAUCAUCGUCUUGGCUUCUUCCAGCGCUAGUCGCAACUUUUAAAAAUCUUCAUAUUUUUACAAAAAAAUACUUCUUUUUUACAACCAUGUGGUAAUUUUUUUUAAUGAAGUUGAUCACUGACAGAUCUUCAAUGUUUUCCUAUGAGAAUUAAGGAAGAGUAUAUUUUAGUUCAAUUACCAAAGAAACUUAUUAGAAAAUAUUUUAAUCUUUACAAAAAGUAUUAUUUAUGACUGAUACUGCAUGUGAUACUAGUGAAGUUAAGUAGUAGUAAGUUAAACUUGUUGAUGUUGAAGGCCCUGCCUUGCCUAGAUUACAUAUAGGGUUGCAGGUGCAUGAGAUUUGACAAUUUAUGUUGUAUUGAGUGUAACCUGAAAUUUGACUCGCCUGAUCUUCCAAAUGGAGACUCGUAACUCCAACGUUUUGAUGUAUCCUUAAACUGUAUACAAGAACCACGUAUUGUACUCUUCUGAUCCUUUGCUCCAGCUUUAAUAGUCAUCUGCUGGGAUUUUAUAAUGGCAUAUCUUUUGUAGACAUAUCACUCAAAGGGAAGACCAGCUCCCAAGAUAACGUUUAUUCAGACUUCACAGCAUUAUACAGUACUGUACAGAGAUUUUGUAACAUAAGAUAAACAAAUCAUUUUUAUGGAGAGAAUAGGUUGGUUGUGGUCUUGUACUUAUGUUAAGAAUGAGGUUUGGGUAGGUAAAAGUUUGUUGUGAGGCAUAGCAGAUAUAUCUCAUGAAUGAUGAUUAUUGUACAUGAUUUACAGUACAUGUCAGAAAUAACUAUUUUAGUGACCCAUAAGUUUAAAUGAUUUUUAUAUAGCUCAUUCUACCAACUACUUAAGCGUUUAAAAUGCUCAAGUAGUGUUUGGGUAAAAGCUUAAUAGUUCUUAUGCAAUACAUUUUUUUAUAUAUUUAUUGAGAUGUAUUUAAUACAUAUAUAAUGUAUUCAUAUUAUUUGUUUAUUGAUUCAGUAUUAUUCUUCAUAGAGCUUAAUCAGAAGUUUUGUUAUAAGCAGUUAUUCUGGACCUCCUUAACAACACAACUAUUGAAAAACAUAUUACUUAAUUUUGAUGUUGGAUUGUUUUAUUAAGACAUCACAGUCGUUAAUAUGCUUAUGUAUAAUUGUUGCAAGCUAUAAUUGCACACAGUUUUGCAGUUACCUGAAUAUAUCUGAGUUUUACCCUCAGCUGGUAGAAUAAAAUUGAAACUCAGCUGGUAGAAUAAAAUUGAAACCAAUAUUAGACGAGGCCAAAUAAGCAUGUUGUAUAAUCUGCUUUAGUCUCAGUAGUGAGACAUUCAAGCACAGGUGUUAGCUCCAAAUACUGAAACAUACGUAUGCCCCUCGUUUCUUUACAGUUUUUUUUUUAAAACAGUAUUAAUUUUUAUUUUGAUCAUUAGUAUACAUCACUACUAAAUUCUGAUGUACAGGUUCAAGUUCUUUUAUUACAAACUUGAUGUAACAUAAUUAUUACUACUUUUAUAGAUUUAUUUUAGAAGUUAGUGUUAUUUACAAUGUACCUAAACUAUUCAUAUAACCAUCAUAGGUUUGAUGUUGCAGCUUAGAAACCCACUUUCUAAAUUUGUAUCCAUUAUUCUUUAACAAAUUAUUAUAGCUAUGUGUACUGUAAUUAUGAAUCUUUUUGAGGUAUCAUAAAGAUAGCUAUGAACCCUAAAUAAUCCAUAUUAAUCAUUAUGAAUUAUCUGGUCAUUUUCCAUCAUAAAAAAUAUAUACAGUAGAUAUAUAGAUACUCAACAUUUCAUUAAUAUCUAAGUUUCAUAAAUCAAGCACUGAAUGUAAUGAAACAUUGUUUUCUGGUGGACCCUCAGUAGCUUCCUAAAUUAAGCCCUGGCCCACUUGUGCUUCAGGAAGAUGCACCAGACCGACCCCUUGCAUCCUGGACGCCACAACCAAAAUCUGCACCUCUCUACGAGGUGAAGGAGAAUGGGAGGGGGGCACUUGCAGGAAUAGAGAUCAACCCAUAACAGAAAAACACUUACCAUAAUGCAUUGCAACAUAAGCAACUGCAUGGAGAAAAUUAGGUACCCAGAGGUAACGAGGCAAAUGACCGUUGUUGUUGGGUCAACAGUUGAAAGUGUUGAUUAUAUCUGGAAUGUUAUUUCUGUCAGGGUUUGGUUCGGGCAGCUUGUGAGUGCAGGAGCCUUGUGUGACUUGGGGCUGCCACUAGGUGGGGGAAGGUCAACUAAGGGAUCUAUCAGGAGAGAGUGCCAAGCCAUUACAACUAUAUAGCACUUGGAAGGGGUCAGGAUUAGAAUUUGGGAUAGGCCGGGGAAAGGAAUGGUGCCCAACCACUUGGACGAUCGGGGAUUGAACGGCGACCUGCAUGAAGGGAGACCGUCGCUCUACCGUCCGGCCCAAGAGGUCAAGUGCAUCAUGGUUAUGGUUUUAACCCUGCGACAACAAUAGUUGUCCUCAUUACCUCUAGGUACCUAAUUUUGACAAGCACUUGCUUAUUUUACAUAUAUGUAUUGGAGAUUUUUUCUUGGUUGUGGGUUGAUCUCUCAUCCUGCAAGCUUCCCUGGUCUCAGAACUGGAGCUAGAUCCUGGCUCUCAGUAGAAGGGUCGCCUCAUAACCCUGGUGCAUAACACUUGUCAUGACCGAACCAUUGCUUAUCUCUGGUAGCUACUGAAGAAAGCCUGUCCCAGAAAAUACUGUAAAUGAAUAAUUACUUGUCAGUAUAAUUUAUUUGCACACAUACCUAUAUAGAUAAUGUUAUCAUUUACUUUUCUGGAAGACAAAAUUCAUAGAUAAAAUAAGAAAUAUCAGAAUGUCUUGGUUAUAAAUCUUGUCUUGGGUGUUACAAUUUGUUAGGUGAUAAAGGAUAAAAUGUUACUUGGAACUUUACAAGCAUGUAAAUCGCAAAGUAUUUUGGUAGAGAUUGUAGACAUGAUGUUUACUGGGCAAGAACAUAAGCAUUUUCAUAUUCAUUUGUCAAGAACAUAGACAGCUUCAUAUCCACCAGUCAAGAAUAUAGGAAUCUUGAUGUUCAUUUGUCAAGACUGUAGGCACCUUCAUAUUAAUCAGUAGAGAACAUAGACAUCUUGAGAUGCGGUACUGUGGUCGAGACUGUCAUAAUCUCAGCGAUCAUUUGUUGAAGAUGUAGGUACAUUGACACUCACAGGUAGAAAAUAUAGUCAUCUUGAUGCUUCACAGACAAGAGCUUUGUAGAUACAGUAUCUAUAUUGUUUGAGAACCUUCGUAUCUCUGCAAUGCCUGGUUAAUAUCACCCGUAGCUCUUUGAUGGUUAAUUGAUCAAUCUUGUAUUACUUGGCUCCGUAGUUGUCUUCUGUUAUUAACAUAACUGUUGCAAUAAAUGAGUCCUACAUGGAUUCUGUUCAAGAGAGGAGUAGCACAAAAUGAUGUUUGUGGUAGCAUUACUACAGUAAUAACGUAUUUGUUUACAGUACUUAAAUACCCACAGUACAAAAGAGAUUUUAAGGAAAGGAGGAGCUUCUAUUACAAAAUAAAAAAAUGUAAUCGAAUAUGAAAAUUGGAUAAAAAGUUUGUAAAAAGUCAAAUUCUAGGGAGAGGAGUAGUUAAUUUAUAUGUCCCAGUUCCUGAACAUAGUUACUAUUCUGUUAAGAAAACAUGGUACAUACAGAAACUUGAAUUUGUUGUCCAACAAAAUUACUAUACAAGUUUAAUGACAAUCAUACCAACAAUAAGACGUUGCAUAAAAAAAGGAUUAAUUAGCAAGGAAAAUAAAUGUGUGGAAGAUGAGAGGUGAUAGAGCACAAGAUGCAAGUCUGAAGCAACAGUACCAAGCAAAGGUGAGGCAGAAUGUACAGUAACCUAUAUGAGCAGGAGAGCAUAAGACAAAGGUGAGGCAGAAUGUACAGUAACCUAUAUGAGCAGGAGGAGAGCAUAAGACACAAAGGUGAGGCAGUACAGUAUAUAUAUAAUCUACGUGAGCAGAGGGAGAUCAUUAGACAUGAAGGUAAAGGAAUGUAAUGCUUGUGAUGGUAACCAGUGUCUAUAAGUGAGGGGAGAAAAAAAGGUGAAAGUAAAAACAAAAGUGAUAUAUAUUUGUUGAGAAUGUGUGAAGAAUGGUGAAGAGAAAUGGUAAUCCCACAGAUUAUAGGCACAAAUUACUACAGGAAUCAUCUUUGAGGUGUGUGCUUGGGUAAAUUCCAUCUGCGGGAGAACACUGUAAACAGGUGUACAAAUGCAGCAGUAUUCUAAAUAGGUUAAGUAUAAAUUCGGUGCUUAAAGUUACCCUAAUUACAUGAUUGUUGCUAGUGGCUUAUCACAUGAUUGUUAAUAGUGUGUGUGUGUGUGUGCGAACUAGUGUUUAAUCACCAAAGUGUAGUUCCAGGAUGAGAGCUACACUUGUGGUAUACCGUCUUCCUAUAAUCUUUGUCAUAUGAUGCUUUGAAACUUAAUGGUUUUGACAUCCAUCUUCUCAUUUAAAUUGCUCCAUGCAUUUACAACCCUGUUCACGGAGAGAACUUUUGAACAUCUUUUGCCUUCUAAGCUCAAGUCUGUGACCCAUUGCUUUAAAGUUCAGUGGUUCCCAACCUCUUUUUAUUGGGAACAGCUCUAUUUUCUAAUACAGUACCGAGACUCAAAAGACCCCGAAGGUCAAGACUCACUGUUCUAGACGUUGCAGGUUUUAAAAAUUCCUCCUUGUCAACUUCGUCCAUUCCUGUCUCAAGUUUGUAUAUUGUGAUCAUAUCUCCUGUUUUCCCCAUUUACUAGCUUUUGCAUGCUUAAUACCUAAAGUAUUUUCUCACAGUUCUUGUUUUUUUCAAGUCUGGAAGUCAUUUGGCAGCAUAUCUGUGUAUAUCAGCAAUACACCUCAUUACUUUGUUUCACAAAUGUGAACAAUUUCUUUAUUAUCUAUAUCAAUGUAUUUACAAGCUAUUUUAAAAAUUAAUAGUAUGUACAUAUAGUGUAGGCUCUUACAAUGCUUUUGAUGUGGUCCUCUGGUGACAGCUUACUAUCUAGAACCACCACUAAGAUUUCUUUUUUUGACAGUUCUUAUAUAUUAUUUCACAUAACUUGUAGGUUAUUUGUGGCCAGUUUUCACUUGUUACAUUUUCAUUAUGUUGUAUGUGUCCUCAUUAAAUUCCAUCUACCA